AUCAUCCAGUGACGUCCUGGAAUUGUCAAUAUAUGCCAACUUGUCACUUUUCGUAAUUAUUUUUCACCGUCCAAAACGGUCUAAUUGGGCUCACAGUGAUAUGAAAAUCCAUACCGCGUAUAGCGACGUCAAGCGCCGGCGUAGAUUUCCAUUCAAGACGCUCCUUUCGCUCCUACACACGAAAACCCAGCUGUGCGAGCUCAACCAAGUCCUGUUCGGUUCCUGCCUUCUCCAUACCGUCGUCUAGGGCCACGCGAUGCGGUUUUCCUGUUUCCUGCUUCUGGUCACGGCUACUUCCACGAUCCAGUUCGAGUUCAAACAUCACGACAACAAUGAAAUGGUGCAAGUUCUGGAAGACGUGCAGGCCAAGUGUCCGAACGUUACCAGGAUUUACACGUUGAGCGAGACCUCGGUGAACGGUUUUCCACUGUACGUGAUCGAGUUUUCCACCAGGCCUGGGCAGCAUGAGAUAUUGAAACCAGAAUUCAAAUACAUAGCCAACAUGCACGGUAACGAAGUACUUGGUAGGGAACUGAUGUUAAAGUUGGCGGAUUACCUGUGCGAAGAAUACAUGAAAGGUGAUGCUGACAUCAGGGCGCUCAUUCAACAGACGAGAAUCCACCUCAUGCCCUCCAUGAAUCCAGAUGGAUGGCAGCUAGCAACAGACACCGGUGGUGUAGAUUAUCUGAUAGGAAGGGCAAACAACAAUUCGGUAGACCUCAAUAGAAACUUCCCAGACUUGGAUAGGAUAAUGUUCUCCCACGAACAGAACCAUGUAGAUCGGAACAACCAUCUACUUCAAGAGAUCACUUCAUUGAAGGAGCCCCUCCAACCAGAAACUAGGGCUGUCAUAAGACUGAUAAUGCAGGUACCGUUCGUUCUAUCAGCCAACUUACACGGAGGAGAUCUUGUCGCCAACUACCCCUACGACGAGAGCAAAACCGGAAAGAUGACUGGAGAAUAUUCCACAACCCCGGACGAUCAAACUUUCAGACAUCUCGCUCUGCAAUAUUCCCUCUACCACGCGGACAUGGCCGAUCCCAAGAGGAAAAGUUGCGGGGACAUAGAGAGCGUCAAAUUUCCAAAACAGGGAGGCAUCACCAACGGCGCCAAAUGGUACAGUCUCAAAGGAGGUAUGCAAGAUUUCAACUAUUUAUCAAGUAACGAUUUCGAAAUCACCUUGGAAUUGGGCUGUACCAAAUAUCCGUCUGAGGAUGUUCUUGAGCAAGAGUGGGAGAGGAACAAGAAGGCCUUGGUCAACUUCAUAUGGCAGAGUCACAUCGGUGUCAAAGGUAUAGUGUACGACAGCGUUUCUAAAUUGGGCAUACCCAAUGCAGUAAUUCAUGUAAAAAAUAUAACGUCGCCAAUAGCCACUGACAUACAACAUGACAUCACUUCGGUUCACGAUGGCGACUACUUCCGAUUGCUGACGCCAGGACAUUAUAAAAUAACCGCCUACCGCGAUGGUUAUUUACCUCACACAAGAGUAGUAACAGUGGUUAACAAACCUCACACACAAGCCCAGAGGGUGGACUUCGCACUCAAACCCAUUUCGCGCACUGUACGAAAGACGAUCCGAAGAUGUUUCCCUUUCAGGAACUGCCCCCCUAUAUUCGGAUACAAUCCGAUAAUUUUAUUGAUUCUAAACCAGAAGAAUUAUUUUCACCUGACCAGAAAUGGAGCAAUUGGGUGAACAAUAACGAGGAGCCCAUAGCUUUGGAAUAGAGCUGGUGAUAGAGGAGAGAACUGGAGCGGACAGAAAACCGACAUAACACAACGUAAAAAAUCCAUAUAAUAGUCGGGUCGCGAUAGAAUGGAUAAUUUUCGUUUAGAGAUUCCUACUGUAAUAAACCAAAUUAUCUAUGUUGAAUGAAAUCAAUUGGGAUGAAUAUAAUGAAACUUAUUUUCUCAUUGUCUCUCGUUAUUAUUCUUGUUUCAGAGUUGAUUUGUAAUAUAGUGUUGAGAAUAAAUUUUUGGUUAGAU